AUGUCACACUCACAUUCACACUCGCACUGCCACGACGAGCAUGGUGGCGAGCACGACCACUCAGACGACAUCACGCCGGCACUGCAGUCGUCGCUGUACGAGCAAAUCGACUUUGACCAGAUUGUAACUCUCAACGAGUCGCGUCGAGAUGCCGGCAAGGCUAUUGUCAAGAAGACUUGGGCGGAGCGGCUCGAGCUGGACCCGGAGCUGGAGAGCGCUGCCGACGAGCAGCUCCUCAUGACGGUCCCCUUCACAGCGCAAGUCAAGCUGCACUCGAUUCUGCUCCGCACCUCCCCCUCCGCAUGCGCCCCCAAGACGCUGAACCUCUUUGUCAACCGAGACGACCUCGACUUUGAGGCCGCAUCGGAGGAUGAGCCGGUGCAGCGAUUCGAGCUCGCGCAAACGUCCGAGCUACAAGACAUCCCCGUCAAGCGGGCGCUGUUUGGCAAGGUGCAGCGGCUGAGCCUCUUCUUCGCUGACAACUUUGGCGACGGCGAUGAGGACGUGACACGCUUGAGCUAUGUGGGCUUCAAGGGCGAGUGGACGCGGCUGGGCAGGGCGCCGACGAACAUCGUUUACGAGGCGGCGGCGCAGCCGGGGGACCACAAGAUCAAGGGCACAAACGUGAAUGCCAUGGGCAGUGGUAUUGGAGGACGGGGACCGGGUGUCUAG